AUGGCGACAGGACUGGCUACUAAACGACUGAUGAAGGAGCUCGCGGAAAUCAAGACAAAAGGAACACCGCCAGGCAUUGUCCUGCUCAAUGCGGUAGCGCUGGACCAAUGGGUGUUUCUGAUAUCAGUAUUAGGAGACGAGACAAUAUACGCAGGGGAGACGUUCGCUUUGAGGUUGAAGUUCCCAAACCGAUAUCCUAUAGACAGUCCGGAAGUCACCUUCUUGGCUGAUGCCGAAUACAUACCUCCACUACAUCCGCACGUCUACUCGAAUGGCCAUAUCUGCGCGUCAAUCCUGGGUGCUGAAUGGUCUCCCGUGCUGAACGCGGUCGCUGUAUGUAUCACCAUGCAAUCCAUGCUCGCAUCCAAUAAGAAGAAGGAGAGACCAGAAGGCAAUGACCGAUAUGUCCGAAGUGCACCGUCAAAUCCCAAGCUCACACGAUGGCAAUACGACGACGAUACAGUUUAG